AUGACGAUCUCGCUAAAGUGCUUCUAUACCCGCCUUCCGACCUUCUCACCCGCCGAGUUCAAAGAUUACAUGGAAACAGUCCACGUUGGGAUCUGGAAAGAAGUUAUGGGACCUCACUAUCCAGAAACUUGGAUCCUUCGUUACGUCGAACGAGCUGAGUCCGGGAUUGGGGAUCGCCUAGGAAUAUCUAUCGGGAGUGAGAAAAACGAUCCUACCGCGCCUGUUCUGAUUAUUGGUACGCCGAGUGAAUUGGAAUGGGAUGUCGUCGGGGAAAUGGUCUUCAAAGACAUGUUGCAUCUGCAGCAGGCUCUAGCUGUAAUAAACACCCCGGAAGGCCAAAAAAUCAAGGACGAUGAGGAGCGGUUUACCGAUGCGGGAAAGUUUCAAGUGGUGGUUAUGGGAGCAACUACGGUUUUAACCUAG